CACUUUAUCUGUGCUGAAUCAUUUUCGCUGUCCCGCAAUAUUUAAUUAACUGCAGCAAUUUAAUCAUUGCAGUUUUAACCGUCAGUCAGUGAAACACCAAAACAAAAAAGAGAUGCAGAAGGUUGCCCUGCUGCUGGUCGCCUUCCUGGCCUUGGCCGUGGCUUACUCAAAUCCGCAAGCUAAAUCUGAAUUGCUGCGUGUGCCGCUGCAGAAAUUUCAGUCGGCCCGCCGACACUUUCAAGACGUAGGCACGGAGCUGCAGCAAUUGCGCAUUAAGUACGGCGGUGGCGAUGUCCCGGAACCGCUGUCCAAUUACAUGGACGCCCAGUACUACGGACCCAUUGCCAUCGGCUCGCCGCCACAGAACUUCCGUGUGGUUUUCGACACCGGCUCCUCGAAUCUCUGGGUGCCUUCCAAAAAGUGCCACUUUACCAACAUCGCCUGCUUGAUGCACAACAAGUACGAUGCCUCAAAGUCGAAGACAUACACCAAGAAUGGCACCGAAUUCGCUAUCCAAUACGGUUCUGGCAGCCUGUCGGGCUAUCUUUCCACGGACACUGUUACAAUCGCUGGCCUGGACAUCAAGGAUCAGACGUUCGCCGAGGCACUGAGUGAGCCUGGUCUCGUGUUUGUGGCCGCCAAGUUCGACGGUAUUCUGGGCCUGGGCUACAGCUCCAUUUCCGUGGAUAAGGUGAAGCCCCCAUUCUACGCCAUGUACGAACAAGGACUGAUCUCCGCACCUGUGUUCUCGUUCUACCUGAACCGUGAUCCCGCUUCCCCGGAAGGCGGUGAGAUCAUCUUUGGCGGCUCUGAUCCCAAUCACUACACUGGUGACUUUACUUAUCUGCCCGUUACCCGUAAGGCCUACUGGCAGGUCAAGAUGGACUCGGCCUCGAUUGGCGAUCUGCAGCUCUGCCAGGGCGGUUGCCAGGUGAUUGCUGAUACCGGCACCUCGCUGAUUGCUGCUCCCUUGCAGGAGGCCACCUCCAUUAACCAGAAGAUCGGCGGCACUCCCAUAAUCGGUGGUCAGUACGUGGUUUCCUGCGACCUAAUCCCCAGUCUCCCGGUUAUUAAGUUCGUCUUUGGUGGCAAGACCUUUGAGCUGGAGGGCAAGGACUAUAUUCUUCGCGUAGCCCAAAUGGGCAAGACCAUUUGUUUGUCCGGAUUCAUGGGCAUGGACAUCCCCCCGCCAAAUGGUCCAUUGUGGAUUCUGGGCGAUGUGUUUAUUGGCAAAUACUACACCGAGUUCGACAUGGGCAACGACCGUGUGGGUUUCGCCGAUGCCAAAUAAUUGAACAAAGAACUAUAUACUUAAAUUUUAAACUGUAAACAUUAUCCAAUUGGUUAUUUCUCCGAAUAACCUAUGGAAUAUAUAUGUACUAGAGGAA